AUGGACCCUUUCAAAGCCAGACCUCACUACAACAACAUAAGGCGCCGCCAGAAGAAACUCCGAGACAACAUCAUGGGCAUCACCCGCCCUGCCAUCCGUCGACUAGCCCGUCGAGGCGGCAUCAUCCGCAUCAAAAAAGAAAUCUACAACGAAGUCCGGCUGUCCAUACGCGAGCGUCUACAUGAUAUCCUCAAGCAAGUCGUGUUGGUCGUUGAGUCGUCCGAAUCCGUGAAGAGACCUCGAAAGGCAAGUUAA